ACAGCGCGCAUGCGCAGUUAAAGGCUAUACAGAAAAAUACUAUAAAUCGUCGAUAUUGAUAUUGAAACGAUAUUGUUUGCAGAUUUAUCGCGAUUCGGUAUUCCAUUGUCCAGUUCGAACUUUGUGAAUCUUAGAGAAUCGUUGAAAGUAUGUUUUGAUUUUGAUUUCGUAGUAAAAUUUUUAGAGCUAACAGUACAAUAAACCAAAACGCCACUUCGUAUUAACCGAUCAUUCCUAUAGGUGUUUUCUGAGCGGCCUACAAUGUAUUAACUUGAGUCGCUUCAUCUAUGUUCAUCAUAGAUUGAUUAUUUUUCGAAGUUUCUUAUUAGAAACAAUCAAGUUGUACAUGGUAAUCCAAGAUAAAUCAUCCGUACUCAGGAAAAAAAUUUUUGAGCGAUAAUAUGCUAUUUCAAUAGGGUUUGGCACCCGUCCAAUCAGGUUUUUACGCCAUUAUUCUAGCUUUUACUAAGUUUUAUGUGAUCUAAACAGGUUAAUCCUAAUUUUUAACGUGAAAGCUACGUAGAAAAACGAAUAAUAAUCGAUUAAUGCUAAUAUUUAGGCUCAAUUUAGAUAAACAGAUGUCUUAGGCCUACCGGUCAUCAACGCCAUCUCUUUGUUUAGGAAACGGAAUAACUACAAACUUAAAUCAUGGAUAGCACGAUGCAAAAUCCAAUUCAACCGGCUCAAGAUCCAACUACAACUACACCUCCUGUUUCUACUCCUGCUUCUCAACAACAGCAACAGUUUCAGCGUCUAAAAGUUGAAGACGCUCUAACUUAUUUGGAUCAAGUAAAAUUACAAUUUGGCAAUCAACCACAAGUCUAUAACGAUUUCUUAGACAUAAUGAAAGAGUUUAAGAGUCAGAGUAUAGACACACCCGGUGUUAUAAAUCGUGUAUCAACACUAUUUAGGGGACAUCCUGACCUAAUAGUCGGUUUUAAUACAUUUCUCCCACCCGGUUAUAAGAUAGAGGCCGAUAAUCACACGAUUAGUGUUCACCAACCUGGUCAACAGGUUGUAUCUAUGCCUCAUGGACAAGGAGGUCUACCAACCUCCACUCCUCAAACAAACAUCAGCCACCGCCCAAAUCCGCCAGUGCAGGCUGCUGUUAAUACCCAAUCUGUACCAACAGGCAUAACUUCAUCAAGUACGCCGCCUAGUUCUUCUCAAUCAAGCCAGCAACCCGUUGAAUUUAAUCAUGCCAUUAAUUAUGUCAACAAAAUUAAAAAUCGUUUUCAUGGCCAGCCUGAAGUUUAUAAGUCAUUUUUGGAAAUAUUGCAUACUUAUCAAAAAGAACAAAAGUGCGUUAAAGAUGCCUCCCAGGUUUCGAGCACUGGAGGAAAUACGAAACCUUUAACGGAGGGAGAAGUUUAUUCUCAAGUUGCUGCUCUUUUCCAAAAUCAAGAAGAUUUACUAACGGAAUUUGGCCAAUUUUUACCCGAUGCUAAUGGUGCGGCGGGACAGUAUGGAACCCUAAGCUCAUUACAAGGAGUGUCAAGCGACGCUUUAGGAGGCCUAAGAAACGAACACAACAUUACAUCUCGAAAGCCCAUUGCAACAACAUAUUCAACAACAAAACCAAAGCCAUCACAACCGGUACGACGACCUUUAGCACAGUUAACCCAGCCAGCACCUAAAAAGGCAAAAUACUCCUCCUCUGUCUCCGGAAGCAGCGUCAGUCUUUCGGAGGCGGGAAAACACGGAACUCUAUCAGAAUUUGCCUUUUUCGAUAGAAUCCGUAAAGCAAUAAAAUCACCUGAAAACUAUGAUGCUUUUCUUAGAUGUCUCGUUCUGUUUAACCAAGAAGUUGUUACUAGGUCUGAACUAGUGCAAUUGGUUCAGCAAUUCUUUGAUAAGCAUCCUGAUUUGUUUAAAUGGUUUAAGAACUUUUUGGGCUUUAAAGACGAUGGCAGGACAAGUUUAGUUACUGGUGUUUCAGUGUCUCCUUCUGAUGGUAUCCCACGAAUUAAUAGUGAUCUUGCAAUGGAAAUAGAUUUCAAUACUUGUAAAAAACAUGGAGCUAGCUACAGGGCAUUGCCAGCAUCUGUUCAGCUACCGAAAUGUUCCGGACGAAAUUCGCUAUGCCACGAAGUUUUGAAUAAUACUUAUGUUAGUUUUCCAACUUGGUCCGAAGAUUCAACUUUUGUUACUUCACGUAAAUCUCAAUACGAAGAAAAUAUUUAUAGAUGCGAAGACGAAAGAUUUGAACUUGAUAUGAUAAUUGACCUCAAUAACGAUGCUUUAAAAGUUUUUGAAUUUGUUCAAAGGAAAAUCAUGAGAAUGUCGCCAGAAGAAUGUUCUAAAUUUCACCUUGAUGAUUCUCUCGGUGGAAGUUCUGAAGUUCUUUAUCGAAAAGUUGUUGAGAGGAUUUAUGGUGACAAGGCCGGAGAUAUUAUUGAAGGUCUUAAGAAGAAUCCAAUUCUCUCAGUUCCUAUUGUUAUUAGAAGAUUGAAACAAAAACAAGAAGAAUGGCGAGAAAUGCAGAAAUGCUUCCAAAAGACUUGGAGAGAAACCAACGAGAAAUUUUAUUUAAAGAGCCUUGAUCACCAAUGUGGCAAUUUUAAAGCAACGGAUUUGAAGAAUAUACGUUCAAAAACACUUUUACAUCAAAUUGAGAAUCAGUUUGAUAAUAGACAAGAAUACAUUGCAAAGCGGGAAAAACAAGAGCUGACGGCUGAAGAGGAAGAGAAAGCCAAAGACGGACCACACAUUAUAUUAACUUAUAGCUCAAUGCAAACCGUUCAAGAUGCAAACGCUCUCCUAAUAUAUCAUGCUAAACGUCAAACUGGUAUUACUAAUAAGGAGAAGAAGAAAAUUAAAUGCCUUCUGCUGAAAACUUUUGCACAUAUUAUGUAUGAAAAAGAAGGAUCUCUAAGUGAUGAUGAAGAAGAAAAAGACCAAUGUGAAGAUGACGAAGACGACAAGGAGGAAGACAUAUCAGUGCCAAUAAGACCAAACGAAGAUCAUUAUACUUUAAUGGUAGUAAAUAAUUAUUGGUAUGUCUUGUUUAGGUUGCAUAAUCUGUUGGCCGAGAGAAUGUAUAAAAUGAGGAAAAUUGCCAAACAAAUGGAAGAAUAUGAAAAAAUGCAUAGCAGCGACAGAAAAGAGUCGGCAGCAGUCGCAUUGAGGCUAAAAGCGCCUAAAUCAACAGACCCUGGAAAAUUUUAUGAAAAUUUGAUUGACCUAGUUCAUCAGUUGUUAGAUGGAAAUAUAGAAAGUUCAACGUACGAAGAUGAAUUAAGGGAAAUGUUUCAUACGCAAGCCUAUUGGGCAUUUACUUUAGACAAAAUGGUACAGAACGGUGUCAAACAGUUAACUCAUGUGGUGAAUGAUGACAAGUCUCUUUCUAUGACAAAGCUAUGGAAGGAGCAAUGUAAACUAGGUGUUGGCAUGGGAAAAUGCUGUUCGAGAAACGAAAGAACCGAAGGAGAAGCAGCCUAUAUUAAGAAAGCUGAACAAAUUUUGUCGGAAGAAAAUGUCUUUAAAGUUAUUUAUGAAAGUUCGUCUAGUGAACCUAAACUUAGUAUUGAACUAUUGGACACGGAUUCGGAUAGUAGCUCUAACGCUCCGUCUACUGAACAAGAGCGAGAUCGAUGGGCUUCUUACGUUGAAAAAUAUGUGUCAGAUACAGAAUUACAGAAAUCAAUUGCUGAAAGAUUUAAAGAUUAUCCAGUGUUCUUGAGGAGAAAUAUCAAUAGCUAUAGAAAGGCUGCUUUAGAGGAACAGAACCAAGAAUUGGAUGAAGUUGAAAUGUUUGAUAAUACUGAAUGUAAAUUCAACAUAAAAAGCAAAAAGAUACGAUUCGUUUCUCAAUCUGGUUUAUCCUAUUAUAAACAAAAGUGCUUAGCAAGGGCAAAAGAUCUUCAUCGACAUGUAUCCCAAGCUAAAUGGAAAAAAUUAACUACAGUUUUGCAAAGGUUUAGCAAGAAACAUGUCAUGGAAGAAGAAACUAAAGCCACAUUGAAAUGGUUUGAAAACGGUUCACAAGUUGUUGAAUUUAAUAAUGAUAAUGAAGAACCAUAUCAUUUUUAUCGAAAGUACAAGAGCGCCGACAAGUAG